AUGCACACUGUUUGGGUUCGACUGAAUGCGGUUGUCUUUUUCGGCUUGACUGUAUUGCUCGGUCUAUCAUGUUUGGCUGCGAUAUCAAAAAUUGGCCACUCCUAUUCAAAUCAACCGGUCAUACAUACGCUAGAAGUGCGGGAUUUGAAAUCUCUCAAGUCGCAUGGCGGUGUCGAUCGAGCAUUGUUCUCCUUUGAUCUGCACGCCGAUUUUGCACCAACCUUUCACUGGAACAUCAAGCAAAUUUUUGUCUACGUGAUUGCUUCAUAUGAGACGGAACAGAAGAAAGUAAAUAAAGUUGUUGUUCAUGAUAAGAUUAUCGAAGCUACGAACCCAGACAAGGUUCUGAAUUACAAGGGUACUUUUGUGAAGUAUGCUUUGGUGGAUCAAGGUGAUGAUCUGAGAGGCAAGGAUAUUACACUGCAGCUAUUGUGGGAUCAUAUGCCAAUCACCGGCUUGCUGUACAUGGGAGAGCAACCGCUGAGUGAAGCAUCGACCUUUACUUUGCCUGAAGAAUACCAGUAA